AUGAACGCUCAACGAAUACGAACGCCAAGAGAUGCGUCGGUAUCCUUACAAAAGAACGUUACUCUGAAAGGAGGGCACUUAUUGUCAACAUUUAACAAACCAGAGUCCUCACCAUCAGGCACCGGAUCUCCUCCAGCCGAGACGAAGCAGCGCAGGGAGCGUGAGCCCUCGAUCGACGCAGAACCCCUUAGUACUGAGGAUGAGCCAAGCGACGAUGACGAACUACGAAGACCCAUUGCGCCUGAGGGGCCAACAUUGGAAGAAAAGCUCGCAGCGAAUGCCAAUUCGUCGCCAGCGUCGGGGCCAAGCGGUUACGGUUCAGGAAAGCAAAAGUCAUUCAACAAGAAGGGGGGCUUAGCACGAACUUCAAGCACGAGAGAGAGUGGUGAGGAGGAAGAGGAAGGCCCUUUUUCCUGGUCUCAAUCCCAAACCUCCAAGCGAGCAAAGCAAAAAUCAUUCAUGCGCAAUAAGCCUUCGUUCAUAAGGACGCCUACAUCUAGCGCUCGAUCCGCUCCAACACCAGAGAAGCCUUCUCCAAAGACGAGUGCAAAGACUAUGAAGAAAUCUAAAAAUAAAGAGAAAGCCAAGAGAGCAGACAAAUCAUCCGGGGACUCAGAAUUAGAAGACAUGCCUACCUUCAGGGAACCUAUAAACAUCGACGUGCCUAGUCCCGUGAAACCAAAGAAGAAGAAAAGGAGCGGCGAUUCGCCCAAAUUCAAAGUCCCGCCUAUUUUCGACGAAAGAUCCUUCUCUCCUUUGGAUGGCUCCUCGCGAGACGCCCAACUCGCACCAAUCGACAUUUCCUCCGAUUCAUCCCUCAGUACAUUACCCAGCUCUCCAGAUCUACCUUACUCUGAAGAAGACCCACUACCACCCCGCCAGGCCUUAUGUCCCAUGUGCAAAGCAGAAGUGGACCCCGAGAUGCUUAAACAGUUUCAGGCUCUACCUAAACAACGUCUCCGGGAACAGCAACGAUUCUGCGCUUCCCAUAAACAAGACUCUGCUACAAAAGAAUGGCAAGCACAAGGGUAUCCCGAGAUCGAUUGGACCAACUUUGAAGAGCGCUUACAACGGCAUUACCCUGGUUUGGAAAAGUAUCUCAAUGCUGAAGCACCAUCAUAUUAUCGGAAUAUCUUGGAAAGUGCACAGAAAUCUGGACAGGCUCUUCGCCUUUCUCUUACGGGGAAUAAUAUCGAGGCGAUUUCCUGUGGAUACUAUGGAACCAAAGGAGCUCAGAAGAUGUUGGAUGCAGUCAUGCACCGAUUCUCUGUCAAACUACGUCGACUUGCGAAAGACGAUUCCCUCAUUACCAAAGUUGGUGUUGUGGGAUAUGCACAGUCCGUGCUUGUUCCUGAACUUGCUCUCCGACUCAUCAUGGAAGAUAUGGAUGUCCAGACCGAUGUCGCGCGUGAAAUUAUGCGCGAGAGUAUUGAUAUCGGCCAAAAACUUAACCCUCAACAAGACGAUGUGGUGCCUGUUCUAGAAGAACCCGAAGACAUUAUCAUGGUAUAG